AUGGAUAUGAAUUUGACUGAUGUAGGUGUGCUACGAGCUGGAGGAACUUAUAAAUGCUCAAAGAAUGACAUACUAAUAACUCAAGUCUCAGAGGAUUCGUCGCCAUUGCCCAGCGGUAUUCCAUCCUACAACAUUGUGAUACUUAAUGCCUGUGCAUCCGAGUGCAACAUCUCCAACAUCCAUGUCAAUUGCGACUGGUUCAGCUCUGCCAUUACUAUCAAUCCUAGUGUGUUUCGAAGACUCCGUUACAACGAUUGUCUCGUCAAUGAUGGCAAGCCCCUUCGUGCAGGCGAAUCCUUGAUUUUCCAAUAUGCCAACGGAGAUCAUUACUCUUUAUCUGUUUCCUCCGUUGAUUGUUUAUGAAAUACAUACAUACAUACAUACAUACAUGCAUAUUCUCUUAGGACAUCCUUCUUUUAUGUCCAAAUUAAAUUCGACAACUAUGAUACUAUCGAUUUUCAACGUUUCACUUAUGUACUUACCAUUCCAUUCAACUUUGAUCAUUUUUGCAUUUACCUAUAUGACCGCACUUGACUUAAUAGACAAAUUU